AUGGAGAACGUAACGUCUCUGGGACGUACCAGCGAAGAGCAACGUGACGAAGAUAAUGGAAGCGGUGUGGUUGCGAACGAUGGAGCCGACGAGGCACUCCAACUCGUAAAGAAUGAAGAACGCGUAGCUGUCAGUAAUGAAAUGGAAGGAUCAAACGAACAUGGGCCGGGCGGGGAGCCUCACUCUGUCAUCACAUCUCGGCGCUCGCUACGCACUAUUACAACCGCGGGCCAUAUCGCAGAAGCUGGAGAGCUACCACCAGACGACGGUGUUAAAGACGAGCCACCUGAACCACCCCCACUGGAAACCGACCAGCAGAUGCAAUACGCACCCAAACUCGAAGAGAACGUCGAACAUCGCGUCUCCCAUCACACCUAUGAUGAAGAGCGCUUACGACUCGCCGAAGCUGAAACCGCCCGUUACCUAGCGUUCAAACAGGAGCCGUACCGAGCGCUGCAGUCGCCACUGCCCACCGAUAAACGACCGAUGCCUCAAUUCACACGCGGCCCGCCGAGAACUGCCUACGGACGGGGGCUAGCACUACGUUAUGGCACCCCUCAUCAUGUGAUCGUGGCUCAGGACGGCGAGAGCGAGGAGCAUGCGCAUGACGCAUUCUUAGCUCACAAAGACAAGAACGAACAGUUGCAAACAUACUCGGCGACGAGUGACGCGAACGUGGCUCAGGACGCCCGCCAGUAUGCGGUGGCUCUCGGCGAACAGGCGGCGACGACUACGCUCGAGAUGAUCCAAACCACGUCUCUGAACAACCAGCAAGCGGUCGGCGUUGCGUAUCAACAAGUGAAAUAUGAAUCGCGCGGUGAAGCCGAGCCGCGACCGACCACGUACGCGAGCCUGCAACCAGUGACUUCUGUGCAUGGUGGUUACGCGUAUGCUAGUCAGAGCCCGCAGUACGCUGCGAGUGGCGCGUAUGGUGCGUAUGGUGGUGGUACCAAGGAACUGCUCACACUUUACGGCAGCGCAACAGGAGCGGCGAGAGGGGAUGAGUCACCGCCAGGCCAGCUGCUGUACCGCAGCGACCCUACACUCUCAUCUUCAUCACUCAACUCUCGAGGAGCACACGUCGUGUACGGUUCCGUAGUACCACAAUCACAGGCCAUGUACGAGGCACCACCCAGUCCAAACUCGCAACAAGUAACGCUGUACACCCACGGCAACACGGUCCAAUACAAAGUUGGAGGAGAGCACUACCUUGGCCAGGGUGGUGGCGUGGAAUACGUCCCUGUCUCGGGAUACGAAGGCGGCUUGUUGGUGGAAGGUUACGCAACACCUGCACAAGCGUGGCCCACGCAUAAUCUUUUACCAAUCGAUGAUGCCUUCGAUCCUAGCAUGGCUGGUAUGGGCGAGGUUAAGGAGUGCGUGAACUGUGCGGCCGCGACGACCCCACUGUGGCGGCGCGACGGCACUGGCCACUACCUGUGCAAUGCGUGCGGCCUCUACACCCGCAUCAACGGCGUCAACCGACCUCCGCUUAAGGGACAGAAAGCGAAACCUCAACAGGCACUGCCUCCUAACGGCAACAGACGCUUGGGAGUGACGUGUGCCAACUGUCGCACGUCCAACACGACGCUGUGGAGGCGAAACAACAACGGGGAGCCGGUCUGCAACGCCUGCGGACUCUACUACAAGCUGCACAACGUAAACCGGCCGCUGAGUAUGAAGAAGGACGGCAUCCAAACGCGCAAGCGGAAGCCGAAGAGCAUGGGUGGCGGGCACGGGGUGCCGCGGCCCGGUGCCGGACUGUCAGCGGAGGCACACUCGCACAAGGUGCUGCCGCCGCUGUACGCGGCCGUGGAGGGCGCGGCGGGCCCGCUGCUGCUGCUCCCCGCCGCCCGCCACCAGUCCGACACCCCCUCGGUAUCAACGUUAGACCGAGGGCCAAUGCCGGUGGCAACUACGCACUACCGUCCGCCAUAA